AUGGUACGUCAUCUCGGCGGCGAAAUGACGGCAAGCAUCACGGAUAGAAGAACGGCAUCCAAAGCCUUCGCAGUGACCAAUGGACUGAAACAGGGCUGUUUCUUUGCGCCAAUGCCCUUAAAUUUAAUGUUCUCUGCCAUGCUGAUGGAUCUUUAUCGUGACGAGCGUCCCGGGAACCGCAAAGAACCCGCGCAGGACCGACGUGCUUGGCGGGGAACGGUAAAAACUGGCGCCGUCAUCUACGAGUCCAGUCAAAUCGAUGCCACCAAUGCAAAGAGGACGGCUCGCAAUUACCAAACCCAACGGACGCCCGCUGUCAUAACCCAAGCGCUUCCAAUCUAUCCGCGCUGUCAACGCACCCUCCGUGCAUGUAUCGGAUUCGUCGGCCAUCUCCGCACGCAGUGCAUUAUCCGUCCGACGGCAUCCAUGACUUCAACAUUCCCUCAGACUGGUGACCCAGUGCCUGGAGCACUAACACAUAGCAAGGACCGCCGCCUUGAUUGCCCGGACUGUCCUCGCGAGUUCCCUCAUUGCAUGGAUCUACUAGGUCACAUAUGCAUACACGACAGUGGCAAUCACCGCGACUUCGACACAACCAGCACAUCCUGCACAUCCAUCACCAGCUUCAACCCCACCCAUUCAACCAGCGUGACUACCACCAACACCGGCUCUGCAACCCACACACCAACCGGUAUGUACUGUCCUAACUGCAAUUGGAAAUUAACCUCACGCAUCUGUCCGGUCGGACACUUGUGA